CUCUGAUCGCCUCCAAGAGAGUAUCAGAUGCAGAAAUUGGGAGAUUUCAAGCUUCCCCAGUUCUUCAAUUACCCUCCGUACUUCACACUCCAACCCGUCAGAGACACCCGAGAGAAGCAGAUACAAUUAUGGAAAGACCUCAUCCUCGACUACUGCAAAACCCACCACAUAUUCGUCAUCGGAUUGGAAGACCAAGACUUUCCGCUCUUCUCUAACCCUGCGAUCGAGCGAUCUCUCACCUACGAAGCCCGGGAAGCCUUCCUCUCGGCGUUGGUCGCGCAGGGCCGGGCUGAGUGGCUGGAUAAAAGCCGCCGAAAGUGCCUUGUGCUAUGGCAUCGAAUUCAGGACUGGGCUAAUAUUGUCCUGGACUUCGUUAAGGACAAUGGGUUGGAGGAUAGUGUGAUGACGGUUGAGGAAAUCCGAACUGGGAUUGAAUCGAGGGGGACGGAGCUUCAUGGGAUUGAUCGGACGGUUCUGAUGAGGGCUUUGAAGAUGCUGGAGCAGAAGGGGAAGCUUGCAAUCUUCAAGGGGACUACCGCAGAUGACGAGGGCGUGAAGUUUUCGAUUUGAUUUUGGUACCCUUGGACUCUUAAUCCAGGUUUAGGAAAAACCCCAUUUGUAUUAUGCUAUGUUUGUUUUGAUUAGAUGAAUUGGUACUUGUGUUCAACGGAUGCUUCAGGCCUAAUCAGUAAUCGCUAUGAGAAUAUGAUUUUGGGGAA